AUGUCGGAUAUCAUACUCCGCAGGCCACAACGCAAGGCUUUUAUCAGCCGGGAAUUCCAGCACCUCAGUAUCUUUGCUCGCCACACCCGGGUCUGCUUCAAAGCCGUCAGCACCCCCGAAGUUCUUCCAUUCCAUAUUCCUUUCCCAGCAGCCACAUUGCAGGCAGCCCACCAACAAUAG